AAAAUGUUGAUAAAAAGCAACAGUAAUACAAAAAUAAGAAUUAACACAACACAACACAAUUGGGUCAAGUGUAUGUUAAACUUUUGAAAUUCACCUAGUCUCAGGAGGAUGUUGGCGUUGCGCCGAGGUGUUUGCCAAUCCCUGGUGCUAUCUAGCCAGCGACAGCCAGGAGUGCGCCCCUUUGUGGCCCUGGCCAAAUUGCGGGCAGCUGAUGUAACACCUGGAAAAACAUGGUCGUCUGCGCAACGACGUCACCUACAGGGCAAAGGCGAGACCAAAACACGCGAUGCUUUCACUUUCGCCGUGGUGCGUUGGUCCAAGCUCGCCUGGAACAAGGCAUUUGGCAAAUACCUCUUGGCCACCAAUAUUUUGGGUUCCGGGGGUCUUAUGCUUGUCGGCGAUGUUGUUGCCCAGGAGUAUGAGUAUCGUCGCGGUUUGCGUGAACAAGAUCGCUAUGAUUUGGCGCGCAUGUAUCGCAUGUUUGUGGCUGGUGCCCUACAAGGACCACUGCAUCAUUAUGUCUACAAUUGGAUGGAUCGCAUAAUGCCGCAACGUACAUUUCGCACAAUUAUGAAGAAGAUUCUAUUCGAUCAGCUAUUCAUGUCACCGGCCUGCAUUUGUAUAUUCUUCUAUACCGUCUGCUAUUUGGAGCAACAAACACUGGAGGCUACCAAUAAUGAGAUAAUUACAAAAUUCCCCUACAUCUAUCUAUUGGAUUGGAUGACCUGGCCGGCAGCACAAUAUUUCAAUUUUCGUUAUCUGGAUACCAAAUAUCGUGUGGCCUUUGUUAAUGUCUGUACAGCGGUCUAUAAUGUCUUGAUAUCGUAUAUGAAGCAUGAUUUUGGUGUACAUUUGCCACUUGAGCCAACAUUAUCAUCAUCAUCAUCAUCACCGUCGUCUGAGAAACAGCAGACGGAAACAGCAACAAAUCCUAUACAGUCACCCGGUGCCAGUCUAAUCUCUAGCCAAACGCCCACAGCAACAACAACAACAACGGCGGCGACGCCGACGACAACAAAGACGAAAGUCGCUAAUUGAUAGCACUUUUAAUCUCCAUAACAAAUUCUAGUUGAUACACGUAUACAUACAUAUACAUAUGCAUGUCUGUGUUUUACUCACAAGUCAAUUUACCAUAUGAUCGAAACGUGUUUAACUAGCGCUCACUACAAAAAAAAAAGAAACCCAAAACAUACAUACAUAUCAAAAAGCACAAGAGGCUAACAAAGUUCAAAUAUACAAAGUAUUACAAAAACAAAAAAAAAAUAAAGGCCUAUCUUUAGCAAAUACUCCUGUAGCACCUUGAUCUGACUAAAUAAUAAUCGAAUAAUUGACAUGAUCUGAACCUACCUACCUACCUAUGUAUGUACUAUAUAAGUAGUUUGAUCUUAGAGUAAGACAAAUGAAAAUUGAAAGAAAGUGUUAACAAUAUCGAUUAUAAGCCCCGUCUAUAUAGACUUGUGUAAAAUUUGAGAUGUUUGUGAAAUAUUUAUAAAUUUUAGUAUGAGAUUUUCGUGUUUAUUCCAAAAAGCAGGACAAAUUAACUUGACUACAAAAUGUCCUAAGAAAUUAAAAAUCUGGUCUUUUGUUUAGAGGCUAUUUAGAAAUUAAGAACUAAUUGUUAUAAAAAAUAUAAAUUUUGUUAUAUUUUUGUGUUGUUAAUAAAAAAUGUCAUGAAAAUAUUCUAGUCAAA